AUGGCUCCUCUCAGUCUUAACAUGGUAUUCAGAGCCGGCACAGCAGCAGACUACUUCGCCAUUUUCCCUCCUCCUCUGGUUUCUCCCCUCAUCGGCGCAGCAGCAGACUACUCCGCCAUUUUUCCUCCUCUGGUUUCUCCCCUCAUCGGCUCAGCAGCAGACUACUUCGCCAUUUCCCCUCCUCCUCUGGUUUCUCCCCGCAUCAGCUCAGCAGCAGACUACUCCGCCACUUUCCCUCCUCCUCUUGUUUCUCCCCUCAGCGGCUCAGCAGAAGACUACCCUGCCCUUAUUCCUCCGCCUCUUAUACCUCUCCCCACAUCUGCUCUGCAGGUGUCUCCUCCUCCUCAUGGCGACCUCUCUCGCCCUCCCCUCCCUCCCUCUGCUGGUCCUUCAGCUUGCGCCCAAUGGCAUGGUUCUGGCGCCAUUCCUACCUCUCCCUCUGCACCCGCCUCUUCCUCCUCUGACCCCUAUGCUGAUGGCCUCCGUGCUGCCAUUGUUGAAACUGAGCGGCUUGGGGCCACGGCGCAAGCCACCGCCACGGCUGCUCCUGACAAUACUGCUGCCCGUGACUUAGCUUGCAUUCUUGCUGAGUCCCUUGAGAGCACCCGCAAGCACCUCACUAAGCACCUCACUGCCCCUUCUCCUUGCUCUGCCUCUACGCCCCUUUCCUCUGCUCCAUCUCACUCUAACCUUCUCGCUGACUGGCAUGUCGCCAACGCACGUGCUUGUAAGGUUGCCUGCCUCCCUCCAACUCUUCUCCCUCAGUGCUCGCACAUCCACUAUGUCAAGGACCUUCUCGGCUAUCUUGCUAAGCGCUUUCAAUCACAGACUCCCAUCAGCGUCAUUGCCCUCUUAUGCGAGCUCACCUCUCUUCGUCUUGCAAACUUCACCACCAUGGCAGACUACAUCGCUCUGUUCAUGUCACCUUGUAUGGUGAGCGCCCUGCCGACCAAUGGUCAUUCUCCCAUGUCUCUGUGA